GUUUUGAUUGUUGUUUUCUGACAAGAAAUAGGCUGUGUGUUGUUAAAUUUAAGAGUAUUCAAUGAUAUAAAUCUCAGAAUCUCAAGGCUUCAGGUGACUUUAAUAUAUGAGAGCAAUAAAUGCUAAUAUCAUUUAAGCAAAUGUUUCAAAAUCAAAAUAAUCAUUCAAUAAUUACCAUUUCAUAAACUAUUAUAAAUUAUUUGAUAAAAAAAGUUAUGGUGACAGUGGACACUAAGCCAAUGAUAUGCGAAUGUGAAGAGAGAUAGAGAACUAAAGAAUUUAAUGAUGUGUAGCAGAUGUGAAAAUAUUAAGAAGCUGAACUUUAACAAAUACAGGAAUCAUAAAAUGUAUAUGCUGUCUGACAAGCAGGGAAAAUUAAACUUGUGAAGUUAUACUGAUAGGAUACAGCAUACAGUUGCAAUAUGACAGCGCCAAUGUUGAGUAAAAUAUUGACACAAUUAUUACGUAAACCAAUAUUUAUGGCAGUUCCUCUGCUAGUCGUAGUGCUCUGGAGUUUCUCUCUUCUGAUAUAUAUACAUAACCAUGAAAAAUAUGUUUAUCUUAAUAUAAUGGAUAUGAACAAACCUAAACAGGAAAAUUUCUUAACAGCAAAAUCAAUGGAUGGUAUCAAGCUGAAAGUCUCUCAAACAAUCCUUACUAUCAAAGAUAUUAUUAACCGUGUGGAACACUUUAUGCCUUGGAUGGAUAACAAAGAGAUGAACAACUGGUACUCUAAGAGAGAAACAUACUGUAAUGACCAGCUACAACUUUUCAACCACAAUUUUGUUCACAUUUCAAAUGGAUUAAUUGACAUGUCCAAAGCAUCGGGAAAAAGAGGAGGUGAGGAAAUCAAAGAUGUAAUGAACCAAAAAGAAAGUAAAGAAUAUUAUACAUUACUGCCAGGAUUUUUUCAACUAAAAUGUGAUGAAGAAGUACCAAAUUAUACAUUCUCUGAGAUAAAUCACUUAUCACAGUGGUUGCAUGCUUUAGAAUUAGUCCCAAUGUUCCCAAGAACUAAUCAAACAAUCUCAGAGUUUACUAUUGCAAUAACACGAUAUGAAUAUGCUAACUUUUAUCAUACUAUGACAGACUUCUACAAUGCUUUCCUAUUAAUGAGAUUCUUUAACCAUUCCCCAAGAGACACAAAUAUUCUCUUCAUUGAUGGCCACCCCAUUGGAGCUUUAGACCCAGUUUGGAAAACGCUGUUUAAUUCAUCAGAGUAUGUAGCUAAUAUACCUAAAGUGGUGAUGUAUACAGAUCUUACAUGGGGUAUUCUAGGCUAUUCUAGCCCUAUGGAAUCACAUGAUAGAGUGGACAUUCCAUAUAUUGAAGACUUCAGUAAUUUCUUUCUCAAACGUUAUAGCAUUAAUAACGAGGAACAUCUAAAAUGUGAAAAUCUCACUAUUUCAUUAAUAUGGCGACGAGACUAUCUUGCUCAUCCCAGAAAUCCCACAGGAUUUGUCACCAGAAAAAUAAAGAAUGAAAAAGAAUUGGUGCAAAUUGCUAAUGAGAUGUAUCCCAGUUACACCAUACAAGAAAGUCAGAUAGAUUUACUUCCUAUGAAGCAACAGUUACAAUAUGUGAGCAACAGUGAUAUCCUGGUUGGCAUGCAUGGCGCUGGCCUCACACAUGUCCUUUUCCUACCAAAGCAUGCUGGUCUAAUUGAGUUUUACCCAAAUUACUGGAGUGCGGCUAAUGCUCAUUUCCAAAGCCUUUCAAAGUGGCGAGGAUUACAUCAUAUCUUUUGGCAGAAUAGUAAUAGUUCCAAUGAACUUUCUGAUAAAUAUACCCAAAUUCCAACAUCUACAUUCAAGAAUCUUUUGAAAACAAUGGUUCAUAAAUUAUGUCCAAUCUGACAUGCUUUUACAUGACACUGUUAUGUGUCAUGUAAAAUUCGCUUUUUUAUUUGCAAUGUCAAUUUGAAGAAUACCAUUGCAAAAUGCUCUGGCAUUAAAAUCUUAAAUUGGAGAGGUAACAAUCCAUGUUUUGUCAUAAAUGUGUACUAUAUUAUAAGAGUAUCACUGGCAGAUCCAAGGGCGGUAGGGUAGACCCCAAAAAUUUUUAUGGCUCCAAAUAUUUUGUAGGGCCUCAAAAAUGGGCCUUUUUAGGCCAAAUUAUUAACAUAUGGGUCUUAAAUUUUCAAAAUAUUUGGGCCCAAUUUUUGGUUUUAGGGCUUUUUCGUGCCAACUUGAAAUGUCCCCCCUUGUUAGCUUCUGGAUCCGCCAGUGAAUAUAAUAUUAAGGAACUAAAAGAGUAAUUAGUAAAAAGCUGGACAAAAGAAAAUAAGGCAUAGAUGUUCAGAAUUUAGAAGAUCUCUAUCUCAUAUUAGCCUGAAUGAAAAUCAUUGCUCAUUAAACUUCUAGUCAGAACACUACUGAGACCAGUUAAAAGUGUUUGAAUUGUGUUUACAUAUCAAGCUUUGUUAAACAUUGAAGUCUAUGGGAGAAUAAAAAUGUGAAACUGGAAAGUGAUUAGAUUAGAGACAAGUUCAGGUAUACACAGUGCAUACUAUAUAUUGGCAAACAAAUAAGUAAUAAAAAAGAGAACAUGUUGACAUUGCCAUCUGUAUCAUCAACAGUUUAAUAAAACCCGG